CUUGUAAGAUAAAUAAAUAAAAUAAAUAUUCCGUUAAUAUAAUUUACCAAUAUAAUAGUGAAAAAGCAGUUGUAAUUUGUGUCAUUUAGCGUGCAUUGUUUGCGCUUUACAUUGGUUUUGCGUUCUUUCGUCUGGCUUUCGGCUUCGUUUCGCACAUAUUGAGUUCAGCCUUUUUUGUUUGCCAAAAAAAAUAUGUGUGUAGGUGUGUGUGUGCAGGUCAAUUCCCCAUUUGUGUGUGUGUGUAAUUGUGCUUAAUUGUGCAACAUGCGGCUGCAUCCUCAGCCUGAGGAUGAUAACCACAAAGGACGCCACGCCUACGCCCAUGACCACCAACAACACCAUAGCCACCACGCCCACAGCGCCUUUUGCAGUUUAUAGUACGCGUAGUCAUGCCAACAACAACAGCGUCAGCAAAAGUAAUAACAACAACAUCGAAAACAAAAGAAAAUUGCGAUACGCCAAUGGCGUCUGAAGCAGCAGCAGCAACGACAGCGUCAGCAGCAGAAGAUCAAGGAACACUAGCGCCAACAACAACAACAACCACAACAAAAAAGCCGACGCCAACGCCAACGCCCACGCUUUUGCCAUUGCUGGCAUCGGCCGCUGCCUGUAAUAAACAGUUACUCUUCUGUCGGCGCUUCAAGGAUCAAACGGUCGAGACUGUUGGCAGCGUUGUCGGCGGCGGAGGUGGCAGCGGUGGCGGCUUUUUACGUAACUUUAACUCUUUACCGUUAUUUGUCUAUGCCACUUCAUCGUCGACACAUGCCAGCUCUGCCGAUGGUGUGGGUGUUGCAAAGGAAGCGGCAGCAUUUAGUCAAAAGAAUGAAGGUUUCGAACUACCCGCAACGCAUGGCCUCAGUAAAACGGACGGUAGCUGCAUCAGUCACGGCCAUAGGCAGAGCAACGGCAGCGCAAAGAUCCAUAGUACUAAUUUACGGACCACAGAAUUGGCCAUGGAGUGCCUGCCAUUGAGCAGCAGUGGUGCUCAUCCGCAUCUAAUGGCCAACAGCAGUGUCAGCAAUGGUGCGGGCGCGGCGGGGGCAUUAGUGUCAGCUGCCUCGCCCACAACAACUGUUGUGGUAGGCGCCGCAUAUCCACAUCAUUUGCAUCAUCAUCAUCAUAUGAGCCAUCAUGUGCCGUACAGCCAAAGCUAUGGCAGUCACAUGGCUAACACUAACCAUUCACAUCACAUACACAGCGAACAGACCAAAUCGCUGCAGGAGCUACAGCAUGAGGUUGGUGCCCUGCUGGAGUUCCGGGAUCUGGUCAUUGAAACAUUUCCCGAUCUCAAGCAUAAAAUGGCAUCUAUGUCUGGCACACCAACGACACCCACAUCCUCGGUGGGUGUCAUUAUGGGCGGUAGUCACUCGGUGGGCGCUGGUGGCAUCGGCGGCGGCGGCGGUGGAAAUAUUUCUGCCAAUGGCGGCGGCGGCUCAUCCUCAUUAGCAACACGUCGUGAAUGGGAACCGGGUAUACGCAUGAAACGUAAACUUUCGCACAAAGAUCCGUCCACAACGUCUGUGGCAGCUGCUGCUGGGGCGACAUCCUCCUCCGGUAAUGAACCGUCGUCGUCCUCAUCGCUGACUCGCAGUCGCAGCAACUCGCACAGCGGCAAAAAAGAGCCAAAGAGCGGAGAGAAUAAUAAUGGCAGUGUUGUCCAGGACUCUGGCUUCUCAACGGAGACCAGUUCUUCCAAGGAUGGACACAGUGCCUCCUCUACCAAUGGUGCUAUAACGGUGGCCCUAGCAUCAAAUCGUUUGAGCUGUGCAGAAUCUGAUGAUGAGCUUCUAAACCUGCUAGAUGUCAUACACCGUAAAUCAAAUCGCUUACGCGAUGAAGUGGAACACCUACAGAGCAAGGAGGGGAAGAUUGCUGCCGGCGGUGAUGGAGGAAUGACUCCACAGCAAUUCCGGGAGCAAGUGGAGCGCUUAAAUCGUGAGGAUAUUAAACAAUUACGUAAAGAGCGCGACAAAUUGCUGGAUAAGUUGGCGGAAAUGGAAGCGGAGACGCUAACUGGUCGCAUUAAGGCAGCCAAAAUGAACGAUCAGGUGGAGGAACUGAUAAGCGUGAAAAAGGAUCUCGAAGAGCAGCUAAAGCUGGCCAUGGCUCAGAAAUUAGAGUUGAGUUCGCGUGUGCAGCAAUUGCAGCAACAGCAGCAAAGCAAAAGCUCAUCCAGUGUCAGCCAAUCGGACUAUUCCAGUCAACGCAACUUUUUAUCCUCAGCGACGACUGUUUUAUCCAAUGGCAGUCGAUCUAGUUAUCAGAAUACAUUCCAGCCGGUCGUCGUUCAUGAUCAGCCAUCUCAGGAUGCAUUCCAUCAAAGCGCAGUCAGUGAUACAACAACAACAACAGCAGCAGCAGCAGCAACAUCAACGAGGAAACAGCCACUUGGCCGACUGGACGGCAUUGUGAGUACGCCAGGGGCGCGCAAUACCAAAUGUCGAGUAACAGACUCAAAACGCUUCUCGGCCAUUCUGCUGGAGACGAAUGUUCUGGAACUGCAACGCCAUCUACUCACACUGACCGUACAGAAUCAGGUGUUGGCCCAAAAGCUAGAUACGUCCAGCAAGUCCAAGACAAUGCUGGCGAAACAGCUGAAUAAAAAUCAGGAGGAUUACGAGCAUAUGCGCUAUCAGUUGGAGGAAAAGACCAUUGAACUGGAGGGCACCAAAGCCCAAUUGCGGCUGGUCGAAUCGCGUUUGCAUGGCAGCAAUAGUACGACGAAUUCAUAUUUAAAUUCCUCUCAGCAUGAUUACGAAACGAAUCGUUCCUCCGCCUCAACAACACUGAUGCUCAGUAGACGAGGUGUGCCCGAUUCAGUGGACUCCACAUCGACAGCCAUGCCAGCACCAACAGUCACGCAAAUAAGCACGCCCAGCAUGAAGGCCAUGGUGCCUCUGGCCAUGGAGGAGUUGCAACAGCACAGCAGCAGCACGGAGUCGGCCCACGAGCAUGAGGCAACGCCAAAGGGACAGAGUACACCGAACACAACACUCUCGAAGACCAUAAUCCAGGCCAAUCCCCUGGGCACUAGCACGCCCAGUAGUAUUGCGGCCCGUGUCAUGAGCACCAGUGUGGGUGGAGUCAGUCCCUUUGAACAGACGCCAACAUCACGUCAGAAUGCUUUCCGUAAAUUUGGUUCGGCCAGUAAACCUAGCAAAAUUCCGCUGCCGGGCAGCAAAGCGGCCGCCUACUUUGCCGGCAAACCGCCAACGGGUAGGCCAUCGACAGCCGGAAGAUCGCCCCCAUCGGUGCACAAUUCAAGUGGCACCUCGUAUGGCAGCAAGUCCUCGCUUAGCCGGAGCACUGGCAAUUUGCAGAGUUUGCGACGAGCUGAUUCCGCUUCGAAUCAUUCGUUGAGCACCAAUACCAGUCGCAGUUCCACAUCAUCCUCCAUACCAUUGGCCACCACACCCUAUUCAUCUGGUUCGACUGGCAAUCGCAGCCAGAAUGUAACGAAUCCGUCCCCGCGUGUGCUUCAAAACUCACCGUUGCCCAAGCUAAAGCGUGAAACGCUUAGCUCCAGAGUGCGUCACUUGGACUCAUUGUCACGUUCGCAGCAGUCGCCAUCGGAGAGCGGUAAAAACCAUCAUCACCAUAAUAAUAGCUCCUCCUCAGCAUCCUCCAUAGCAGCCCAGUUGAGCUCUACGCUGCGCAAGGAUCUCCAGCUUAACUCAACGGGAACGCCGACCUAUCAUCAUCAGCAUCAGCAUAGAGCACGCAGUGGUCAGCGUUCACCGGCCAUCAUGGGGUCCACCAACUUAACAGCGGGCAGUGAGCGGGCCCCAUUGGGUAUAUCUCGACGUUUGAGCAGUGCCUCUGUGGGAUCGGCAAGUAGAUUGAAUCGAGAUGGUGAAGCUAAUCUAAUUACGACCACGCCCACAUCCAGCUAUGGUGGCGACAGUGAUAGUGGCAAGAAUUUGAGCAACUCGAUGAAUAAGCCAAAUUUUCGCUUUAAUAACAACAAUUGGCAAACCUUAUGGCAUAGGGAACUGGAGCCGCCACAAGAGAUAUCAGAGGAGACAGCCUACGAUUCGUAUUACACACAAUUCACAGAAGGAGGAACACAGAGUCACGAUUCCUCAAUGGAUCUGGGCAGUGAUAAUCUUCUGGUGACCUUUGAUUAUGGUUAUAGUGAUUCGAUUGAUGCUAGACAAGCAGCUUAUGUUGAACCUGUUGUCGGUGAUGAUCUGGGCGAUGGCAAUGGCGAUAAUAAUGAUGAUGCAGAUGGUGCAAUUUGGUUUGGCACUCCACCAAAUGAUGCCAAACCAUUUGAGGUGCAUCAUGUGCAGCAUAAGGUAUUCGAUGCAAGUCUUCAAUCCAUGAUAUCGUAUGAUGUAGAUGAUUUCGAGGAUGAACUAUCAGAAAACGAGCAAGAUCAAGAUGAAGAUGAAGAAGUUUUCUAUGAUAGCAUUGAAUGUUGAUCCAAAUUAUUUGUUAUUAACCAUUAGAUAGCAGUUGGGCUAGGGACUGGCAGGCAGGCAGGCUCUUUGUUUAUUAUUUUUAUUUGAUAGUUAUCAUAAUUUAACUAGUCUAUGCAAUCGAGAUAUAAUGUGAAUCUAUUGAUUUUUAAGUGGUAGUCUAUAUAUAUUUUGUAUAUUAUGUCUUUAUUGUAUGUAUUGUAUGUGUAAACACACACACACACACAUCUUAUAUAUUGCGUAAAACUUUCAAUACAUAAAUUAUAAUGUA